CCGGAAGUAAUACCUUUGUUGUGGCUGGCGGAACGCCGGCUACAAUAUCUCUGCGAUAGCUACGCCGCGUUGCAGGUUGCUAGUUAGUUGCAAUGUUGUAGCUAUAGCACGACAGCCAUUCAUUUGCUGGAAGGGAGAUCCGCCGUUUAUUUUGACCAACGUACGGAGGUAUUACUAACUAAGUUGCUUUCCAACCAGCAGCCAACUGCUAGCUAGCGGAAAUUACUCGCCUAAAUAGCUAGCUUGUCUUGCAUUACCAUAGCCUGGUAUCCUGCCUCGCUAGCUAGCAAGCUACCACCAUGGCGAUGAGACAGACUCCGCUCACCUGCUCUGGUCACACUCGGCCUGUGGUGGACUUGGCCUUUAGUGGAAUCACUCCUUACGGCUACUUCCUCAUCAGUGCCUGCAAAGAUGGCAAACCCAUGAUGCGCCAGGGAGACACAGGGGACUGGAUAGGAACGUUUCUGGGUCACAAAGGUGCUGUCUGGGGAGCCACUCUGAACACGGACGCCACCAAGGCCGCCACUGCCGCAGCGGACUUCACAGCAAAAGUGUGGGAUGCGGUGAGUGGAGAUGAGGUCCUCACACUGGCACACAAACACAUUGUCAAGACAGUCACCUUUACCCAGGACAGUAACUGUCUGUUGACCGGUGGAAAUGACAAGUUGCUUCGCAUCUACGAUCUCAGAAAUCCUGAAAUGGCACCUCAAGAGAUUGCAGGUCACUCCUCAGCCAUAAAAAAAGCCUUGUGGUGUAACAACGACAAGCAAAUCCUCUCUGCUGCUGAUGACAAAACCAUACGGCUGUGGGACUGGAGCUCCAUGGAGGAGGUGAAAAAGUUGACGUUUGACACGUCAGUGAGUAGCAUGGAGUAUGUGCCUGAUGGAGAGAUACUGGUGAUCACAUAUGGAAGGACUGUGGCUUUCUACAACGCUCUGAGCCUGGACCUCAUCAAGACAGUGGAGGCCCCAGCUCCCAUCAACUCAGCCUCCCUCCACCCAGAGAAAGACUUCUUCGUUGCUGGUGGAGAGGACUUCAAGCUCUACAAAUUUGACUAUAGCACCAAGGAAGAGCUGGAGUCGUAUAAAGGACACUUUGGUCCAGUGCACUGUGUUCGCUUCAGUCCGGAUGGGGAACUGUACGCCAGCGGCUCUGAGGACGGCACGCUCCGGCUGUGGCAGACAGCUGUGGGGAAAACCUAUGGGUUGUGGAAGUGUGUCCUUCCUGAGGAUCUGGGGGCAGAGAACGCUGAGCAGCUGUACACUACGACCCCUGAGAUUAAAGCAUGAUGAGAGAGCAGUGCUUCUUGGAAAUGGGAUCUAAGAGGAAAAAACAACAAAAAGGAAACGCGCUGAAGGGUGUUCCAGCGUUCUAUCUGGCCCCAGCAAGGAGCAGUCUAGACCACCUCCAUCCAUCAGUAACUGAUGUGGAUGUUAUGACUGUCCUGUCUGUCAUAGACCAACUUACACACAAGUAUACCUGCUCAGUGAUUUUAUGUCAUAUGGACAGUAAGGGCUGCAGAGUAAAGCAGUAGAGUUCUGAGUGUCACCUCAUGGCUGCCUGCUUUCUCUCUGAUUAGCUCCGUACUGUCUGCUUUUUUGUUUUUACUUCCCUAAAGCCUUGAACCCAACCUCUCAAUCAGGUUUGGGUUUUAAAAUUAAGAUAUUUAAAGAGCUCGACCAAGGCUUUUUCAGUUCAUAGUUACAAGAAUACCAUAGGUAGUUGCGCAGUUUGUGCUCAAGUAAAGCACUUUCAUUUCAUCAAUAACAUUGCUUUGGGUAUCUGCUACUUUUGUAACGUUUACUGGUUGUAUUUGAAAUAAUUGUUCAAAUUAAAUAUAUUGUUUUGUGACAAAGCAGAAAGUUAAAUGCUGCUGGGUUUAUUUUCUCCAUUUUGGUUUUUGUCAUCAGUUAAGUCCAGUGAUGAAAUAAACAAAGCCAUUACUGUUCAUUUGUAAAAGUAAUGCACUGAGACAAAG